ACCCGGAUGAAGAAUAUUUCCCACAAUCCCCCGUCCUCUCGUUCUCUUUCCCUGUUGUCGCCAUGUCGAAGAGAGGACGUGGGGGUUCAUCCGGAGCGAAGUUCCGAAUCUCGCUGGGUCUUCCAGUGGGUGCAGUUAUUAACUGUGCCGACAACACUGGUGCCAAGAACCUGUAUAUCAUAUCAGUGAAAGGCAUUAAAGGGCGUCUGAACCGUCUGCCUGCUGCUGGUGUGGGUGACAUGGUGAUGGCAACUGUCAAAAAAGGCAAGCCUGAGCUUAGGAAGAAGGUGCAUCCUGCGGUCGUGAUCAGGCAGCGGAAGUCCUAUCGGCGAAAAGAUGGAGUCUUUCUCUACUUUGAAGACAAUGCAGGCGUCAUUGUAAAUAAUAAAGGUGAAAUGAAAGGUUCUGCCAUUACGGGCCCAGUUGCCAAGGAGUGUGCUGAUCUUUGGCCCAGGAUUGCAUCAAAUGCUGGCAGCAUUGCCUGAGUGACACUCGAUUUUCAAUAAAAAAUGUUGAUGGUG